AUGUAUAAUAAUUUCAUUCGAUCUGAAAAAUAUUAUGUUAAACAACAAUUACCAAGAUCUUUUGAAUUACAAGGUCCAUCAGAAACUUUUGUCAAAUUACCUGGUUUAACGCUACCUUUUUAUCAUACACAACCAUUAUUAUAUAAAAUUAAAUUUGAAGGAAAAUGUUAUUCACCUCAUUCGAAAGGAAUUUGGUUGUAUUUGCGUCUAAUGAUUGAUGAUUAUUUGCUUUAUAUCAAUCGACUUUUACCAAAUACUGCUAAUCGAUAUCAAUAUAUAGGUGAAUACCAAGAGAACCAUAACAAUGAUCACCUUGGUGGUUUUUUUUGGUUUUCAAAUUCACCAUCAGUCAUAGCAUGUUCAUUUAGUGAUAUGAUUUAUCUAAAUCCUGGUCUACAUGUUUUUGAUGUAGGUACCCGAGGUGGAUAUCUUGUUGGUACUUUUCCAACCUAUGUUCAAGCCGGAGUAUUAACAGUUGAAAUGAUUGAAUAUGAUCAGUAUGCAGAUAUUGGUAUUAAACCAAUGAAUACGACUUUUUCAGGUUAA